AUGGAUGCUCAUCUUCCUACUGAAGAAAGGAGCACUACAUCUGACGUUGCUAGUACUAUGCUUGCUGGAGACAUUUUUGCUAGUACUGCUAGUAGUGAUUCAAAUGGAAACAAGCUGAAGCAAAUCGCCAGAUAUAUCAAACGUCUGCUUAUGUGUCAAGACAGCAUUCAUAAAACAAUCGAUUCCCCAAUUCAUCGAGUAAAACUUAGAGCAUCUGGAGUUGCCCAAUUUGGAAGAGAAGUAGAUAUGGACAAGCAUGUAUUAGUGAGCCUUUCUGUGGCAAAAGCCUGCAACGCCAUCCUUUUUCGAACAGAUUACAGCAAGCUUUGUCGAACACUUGUACCAAACACGAAGCUAUCCACUCUCCAUGCUUUGCAGCUGAAUACAGUUGGCUUACGUUAUCUUUUUUUCCCAAAAUUUAGGCCAAUCAGAGCACAGACACAGGACGGUAACUACAUCAAAAAUGAAACAAUGGCAAAAGACAAUAAGGACAGCCUGUUUGCUACAAUCUUUGAUUUGAACAAGAUCAAACAGUUGUGUAAAAGCCACGGUACAGAUUCAUCUACAGCAACAAUAACAGAGGUAGGGACUAUAAGCAACAGAAGCAAAAGAAAAAGGGCUACUGAUGAUGAAAAUGUUCUCGAUGAUGCAAUCAAACAACAGAACAGCCUGAUAAAAAUAGAAGAAGGAAGUAUAUCCAAGCUGUUAGUGGAAAUACGUGAUAUCGAAAAGACAAUCAAUAAUAUCAACGUACAGGUAAACAACUUUCUUGACGAUAUCACAAAAAAGAAAACCUUGGUAAACGAACGACAGACAUUAAAGGCAUCCAUGAAACAAAAAUAUCGAGCCAUGCUUGAAAAAAAGAGAAAGUCAUGGAAUGCAAAAAUGAAAAAGCAAGUCUUUACGAGUCACUGUUACCAAGCGAAGAUGCAACUGAAAUGUAUCAAUACUCAAAAACGAUAA